AUGUGGACUAUUGAAGACGGGCAACGCCAUGCAGGUUAUCUUACAGCUGUUCAAACAUCCUUGUGUGGAUUAAUUACUAUUGGCUAUACCCCUAAAAAGAAAUGUAAAACAAAAACAAAUUUGAUAAAAACAUAUUUAGAUAAAUUAUUUAUCUUUUUUGAAAGAAGUAAAUCAGACAAAAUAAUAACAAUAGAAAAACUAGAAGAAUUUAAUGAAAUAUUAAAUGAAUUACUAAUUAAAAUUGAUUCUUUUGAUAAAUUGAUAAAUUUUCAAAAAAUCAUGGGAAAAUACCCAAAGAAAAAUCAGUAUGAAAUGGGAGCACGAAUUAAACAGCUAAAAGCUACCAAACAAGUGCGCAAACCACCUAAAUUUGUAAUAAAACGAAAACCACCUAAAUUUGUAAUAAAACGAAAACCACCUAAAUUUAGAUCUAUUAAAGAGACAAAAUCUGAAGAAGAGAUUGAAAAUGAAUUAUUUGAUUACGUGAUUCGUGACAUGAUUGAUAAAUUUAAUACUUUUAAAGGUCAAAUUGAAAUCAAUGGAGAAAUUUUUCAAGAUGGUAAAUUUAAGCAAAAUUUUCAAUUAGCGUUUUCAAUGAUAAAAUGA